AUGGGGGGUAAUGGAGAUAAUAGUCUUAAGUAUUACAGGUCCAGGUUCGGUGACACGACGUUGACGAAGGUGUUUGUUGGGGGUUUGGCGUGGGAGACUCCAGCAGAGGUACUCCGGCAAUACUUCGAGAAGUUCGGGGAGAUACUCGAGGCUGUCAUCAUCACGGAAAAGAAUACGGGUAGAUCCAAAGGCUAUGGAUUUGUGACAUUUCGUGAUCCUGACUCGGCUAGACGGUCCGUAAUGGACCAAAAUCCAUUAAUUGACGGGAGGCGGGCUAACUGCAAUAUUGCGGCUCUGGGUCAUUCUCGCUCUUCAACCCAACGAGGACGGAACCAAGAAGCAGGUAGAUCCUACUUGGCCCCACCACAAUCAACAGGCCAACCGUAUGCCAGAGUGCCUCAGUUCAUCUACCCCACACCAUAUGGAUACAUCACUUACGCUUCAGAAUAUGGCUAUCAGCAGGGUUCCUAUCAUCCUCAAUUGGCAUCACAAUACUAUCAUCAGAUGGCAUAUGGAUCGCACGUGCAAUCGAACGGUGGUGCUUCAACUUACCCUUAUCAUCAACACCCUCUGAUGAAUUACAUGUUUCAGUCUUCAAGGGCCGGCUUUGCUCCGUCCAUGAUGCAAGCUCAUGCUCAUUAUCAGCCGAAUGAGAAAGAUCAGACGGCUGGAAUGGACAUUGAGGGACCCUUCUUCCCGCAGUCUUCUCUGCCGCGAGGGUUUAAGCUUCAACCUCCACCGCAUGCCAAGAAAUCACUCGUCAUCUCAGAUUCGGAAGCCCCUAAACCAUCGUUAACGGGCGGUAACAAUGAAAGUUCAGAUGUUUAGUGAAGGUAUUUCAACUCUGGUUGAAGGGACCUCAAGAUCAAAGUCACUAGAAAUAUGUAGAUGCCUUGUACUUUAAUAUUUUACAGUAUUAUUUCAUGGACAUUCAUUGUUGCAUCCCGUUACAUUCAUGUAAAUAAAAGAAAUUGA